CCUGGAGAGCACACUCCCAGCGCGAGACUCGUUUGGAUUUAACCCACGUGGCCAAGUUAUUCGUUAAUUUGCUCAUAAGGUUAUGGAGUUCAGUUUCAACGAAACACUGCGUGUCUAGUUACAGUGAAGAAAUAAUAUUAUUUUGUAAAUAUGAUCACUUCCACUUUGCCAUUAAACUAAGAUAAUGUGUUAAUGCAUUCAGUUUGUUGGUAGGUUCUUUUUGUGUGUUGGGGACUUAAUCCCCACUAUAGAGUUAAUGGCUUUUAUAGUUUUUUUGUGAUAUAGAAAAGCUUCUUGACAUCAGAUCCGACACUGACUGGCACGGAUCAGGGCAGAAAGAUCAGUGGCCCUUUAAGAAUUGCGUCACGCAGAAGAGAGGAGGAGUGAAUAUUGCAUUGCAGAGUGCCGGGGAUACCUUGAAUAAACAAUUCCGUCAGACCCGAGUGCUGGGCGCGGAGCUCAAUUGUUUCGUUUCAAGAUCGAGACGUUUUCAGAGCGAAUUUAGUUUUUCACCGGUCCACUAUAAUUUAAAUCGACACCGUCGAAAGAAAAUACGAGUACACUGGGCCUAGUGGAGGAUUUCGGAGGAUUCUCGUUUGGAAAGAUGCAUCGUGUUUUUCUACGAAGCGCUGUGGUAGAGUCGAGCAGGGUCUCUGUGGGAGUCUGAAAUCUGGAGAGCCUGAAAAGGAAGAGACACCCACCCAAAAGUCCCACCCGCCACCUGAGAGGCCACCCAGAAGAUCUCUCAAAAAUCCACCGUCAUGGGACGCUCGCCGAGGUCCAGGACGAGUCCCCCGGCACCCCCGCCCGUCCUGCAGGAGUAGCCCCGCUCGAAGGACGCCGCGCCCGAAACGCGCCUUCGGUCCGUCCUGCUGGAGCGAUGAGCAGCCGCCGGGAGGCCCUCCGCGGGGCCUGACCCGCCCCCCGAAACUCCUCAGCCCCCCCCCGCCCCCCCGUCGCUUCCGCGACGUCAAAAAACACCAUCCCCUUCCCCCCUCUAAACCCUCAGCCUGAAUUUUCACUGCAUUCCGCAACAAAACUCCGAUAUCUCCGUCCUUUUUUUUUGUUUCUCAGUGAGCGGUGGUUGAGCCGGUCCGAGGUGCGAGGCCCUGACGCUGAACAUGACUCAUGGGGAGGAGCCUGGCUCUGAGACUCACCAGGACUCCGCCGUGCUAACUUAUCUGGAAGGCUUACUCAUGCAUCAGGUGGCGGGGGGCCCCGGGGCCACGGGCGCGAGGCGCGCGGAGGCCGGCGGCCGCGACGGCGGCCCCGAGCCGCGGCCACCCCCGUCCCGCCACGCCCCCGACGGGCGCGCCCCCGCCGCCGGCCCCGAGCAGGACCGGAGGCCUCCGGCAGGGGGCGCCGCCGCCUCGCAACACCUCCGGAAGGCCCGGCUGCUCCGCUCGGAGGAGGGCUGGGCCGGCGGGCCGGAGGCGGGCCGGCUGCGGGCCCUGGGGGCGGAGCCGGCGCCGGCGCUGAACGGGCGGGGCCGGGGGGAGCCGCUCCGGGGCGGCGGGGGCGGGGGCGGGGGGGCUCUGGAGGGCUCCCCGAAGUGCAAGGGCGGGGAGAGCACCCUGCUGGCCUCCCUGCUGCAGUCCUUCAGCUCGCGGCUGCAGACCGUGGCCCUGUCCCAGCAGAUCAUGCAGAACCUCAAACAGCCCGAGCCCGCCCCCCUGGGCCAGGGCGGGGAGCGCGACCGUGCCGCCGCCGCCGCCGCCGCCGAGCCCCGCCCCUGCCUGGGCGCCGCCUCCAGCCGCCUGAAGGGCUUCCUGAAGAAGAGCAAGACGCAGAGCCACGGCGGCGUGCCUUACCGCCGGCGGCCCGCCCCGGGGAGGCUCGCCCCGUCCCCUCAGCCCCCGACGGGCGGCGGCAAGGGGGCCGGCGUCGGCACGGCGGCGGCGGCGGCGUCCGCGUCCGCCUCGGACUCGCUGUCCUGCGCGGCGCGCCUGAAGGCCGUGGCCAGCCUGGUGAACACCCGGGCGAGCCCCGCCCCCUCGCCCUCCCCGAGGCCCAGCGUGGCCUGCAGCCAGCUGGCGCUGUUGCUUAGCAGCGAGGCGCACCUGCAGCAGUACUCGCGCGAGCAGGCCCUCAAGGCCCAGCUCUCCGGCCGCUCGGCCAGCGAGAGGCUGGCCGCCAUGGCGACGCAGCAGUCGCAGCUGGACUCCGGCAACCCGGCAACCCGGCCCUCCCCCGACGCGCUGGCCUCCCCGAACGCCCGAAACGGGGCGGCGCUGUCGCCGUCGCCCGGGGGCGGAGCCUCGUCGCCCCGGAGAACGCCGCAGCCCCCCAAGGAGAGGCGGGGCUUCGACCGGAGCUCGGCCCGGCCGUCCCAGAACUGCAGCAGCCUGCUCCUGCACCUGCUCAACAACCACCACGCGCAGAAGCACGCCAACGGCCACGCCCACGGCCACGCCCGCCCGCGGGACUACCGCGAGGACCGCGCCGCCCGCCCCGCCCGCGGCUCGCCCCUCCCGUCGGACGGCGAGUACUCCAGCCCCGAGAACGGCCUCCUCCCGCCGCGGGACGGCAGCGACACGGAGAGCUCCCGCUCCAGCGGCUCCCCCAUCGACCUGUCCGUCCGGAGCCGGGCCCCGGGGGCCCCGCCCGGCUCCUCCUCCUCCUCCUCCUCCUUCGCCUCCUCGUCCUUCUCCUCCUCGUCCUCCUCCUCCCUGGACAGGCUGACGGAGUCCCUGAUCAACCGCUGGAGGCCAGAGAACCCCCCGCCCCCGCCUCCCGCCCCCGCCGCCGCCGCGGUGGCGGUGAAGAAGGAGCCGGAGACGGCCGCGCCGGUCAGGCCGCACCACAAGGUGACGCUGCUGCAGCUGCUGCUGGACCACCGGAACGGCGAGGGCGGCAGGGGCCAGAGGAGCUCGGACAGCCCCGACGCGCGGCAGGGCGCGGCCCUUCAGCCCCCCCACACAGCCGGGGGUCUGGGCGUGGCAGCCGGGGGUCUGGGCGUGGCUCCGGGUGCGGCCGCCGGCAGACUUACGCCGGUGUGCAGGCCCGAGGAGAGCAGCGGGCGGAGCCCCCACGGUGGGCCGGGCGGUCGCGGGUUCCAGGCCCCCCCGUCGUUCGCCCGGGGCGUGGACUCAAACGGCGGCGCGUCCCGGUACAGCCCGUGCCCCGCCCCGCCCGCGCAGUCCGCCCCCCUGAACCUGUGCAAGUCGGAAGCCCCCUCGAACCCGGACGGCGACGCCCGGGAGCCCGCCUUCACCGCCAGCAAGCUGCUGCAGAACCUGGCCCAGUGCGGGCUGCAGACGCCCCCGAAGACCCCGCUCCCUCCUCCCAGGCUGAGAGCCGACCCCCCCGUCACCCUCCUGGAGAGGCUGAACACCCCCAUCCUGAGGAACGGCACCCCCCUGUCCGGCAUGCCUCUCGCCCCCGUCGUGAGCAACGGGUCCCACGUUUCGGACGCGCCCCGGACCAGCCCCGCCAACCCCCCCUCGGAGAUCCAGAGCCUCCUGGAGAGGCGCACGGUCCUCCAGCUCCUCCUGGGCGCCACGGGCGGCAAGGAGAGGCCCCCGGCCGGCGGCGGGAGAAGGAAGAGGGCGGCGUGCGGGGGCGCGCCCGACCAAUCGAAUCGCCGCGACAGCCCUCCUCCGGACGUCAGGAUCAAGACGGAGCCCGAGGAGGACGACCGGGCGGCGCCCGAGGGCGAGGACGGGGCGAAGCCGCCGCCGCCGAGCUGGGGGGGAGGGGCCGGCGAGACGCUCCGCCCCCUGUCGGCCGCCGCGCGCCCCGCGGACGUGAAGCCCGAGCCCGGGUCCCCCGGCGCCGUCCCCAGGGACGGCCUCCUGAGCCAGCUGCUGAGGCAGCGGUGCCGGAGCCUUCCGGUGAGCGCCCCGACUGGGGCUGUGAUGUCCGUCGCUGCAGCCGUGAAGGAGGAGCCCGGCGAGCCGCUGGCUCCGCCCACCGAGCCCCAGGCCCCGCCCGCUGAGUCCCAGGCUCCGCCCACCGAGCCGCAGGCUCCGCCCAUCCCUAAAAAGCGACGGGUCUGCAUUGAGGGAUUCCCUCAAGAGCGGCCGGUUAGCGCUGCUAGCGGUGUCGGCGGUGCCCGCCGCUCGGUCUCGGGGUCCCCCGAACGACUGGCGACCCAAAACGGGGGGAGCCUGAUGGAGCCCGACUCCCCCAGCAGGGGUCCCGCGGGGAACUCCCCGCCGGCCGACGCCCGGGGGGGCUUCAACGUCCUCAAGCAGCUCCUGCUGUCCGACAACUGCCUGAAGGACCUGUCCCAGCUGCAGCCCCGCCGGGGCAGCCCCAGCCCCUCCGCCCCCCGCCCCUCAGACCUCCACAAGCUCGCCGCCUCUCCCUGGGACCACGCCCCUCAGGGGUCGGGGGUCGCCGACCGCGCCCGCUCCGCCUCGCCUCCUCCCUGGGGGGUGCGGGACUCCCCCAAAGCGAACCUGGUCCCCGUGAAGAGGGAGGCGGAGGCGGAGGGGACCGCGCGAUGGGCGGCGGGUGUGGAGGAGAGGCCCGACUCGCCCCGCCUCACCCAGGCCAACCCCAUCCUGUACUACAUGCUGCAGAAGAGCAACAGCCACCUGGGCCGGGGGGGCCGGGGCGCCAGGGGGCCGCUCUGCAGCGCGGGGGGGGCGCAGGGGCAGCCCAGGGUGAAGGAGGAGGAGCCCGCCCCCCUCGCCGAGGAUGACGACCACAAACUGAACGCCAAACGCCACCCGCACCAGCCGGAGGGGCCACCAGAGGGCGCCGUCGAGAGGCUCAACGGCUCACUGGAGAAAUGCUAGUCAUUAAACAAUUACGGCCAUUUUGAAAAGAAAAAAAAAUAGAAAAAGCUUAUAUCUAGACUAAGGUCUAUUUUAUUGUUUUGUUUGUACGCUUUGCUUUUAUCGUUUGCUUUUAUUUGCGUUUGGUUUUUAUCGGUGGUGUAAGAAAGCGGUGGCCAGAGCGAGGCUACAGAAGGCCAGGUUCUCAGAAUCUCACACGCUGACCGUACAGUAAACAAAAAAACGGCACGUCUUUUCCUCUCGAAAUAUUACUUCAGAAUCAUUUACAGCUUUUUUUUUUUCGUUUCUUUGCCACUCAUGUUUUUUCAAACAGAGAGAAUUUAAGCUUGACCUGCAUGAACUUUUUAAAAUCCGGAAGUUUAUAAAAUGAAUUACCUCCCGGUACCCGGUUUUCCAAGAAUCGCCCACGCAUCACGUGAUGAGGUUAUGUUCCCGCUAGAUCUCAUGCCGCUGUUUGUGGAACCCUUUUUUGGUGUGUGUGUGUGUGUGUGUGGGUGGGGGGGGAGUCAUCACAAAUAUCUCUCACAUGGCUCAUCACUUCUGCAAUCUGACUGAGCUGCUGUACCAAAAUGCUUUCAGUCAGAUCGGAUCUCAGGUCUCAGAGAAUGCGUUAGAUGAUCAACAAACAGAAUAACCUGCAUUUAUUAAACCAGAAAAAAUGAACAUAUUCCCCCCCACUGAUAUAAUUAUAGUAAUAAUAAAUACUUGUAUGUACCUACUCUGAGUUGCUAGACUGUGUUGAGGGCAAAGAAUGUCUAGAAAUGUCAACAGAACAAUCUGUUUUUACACCUUACAUAGCUGUAUAACUGGAAUUGCAUACACGCACACACAUAUACAUACAUAAAUAUUAAUUCUUUAUUUAGGUCCACAUUUAUAAAAUACAUCAUAAGGGCCAAAAUAUAUUUCAGUUGCUGUCUGAUGUCCUUCACUUGAGUGGCAGAAAGCAUACCAGUAGGGAUAAAGCAAACAAAAUGCAGGUUAGACAUUUGCAUCUCACUUGCACCGACAGGAAACAUACACACACAUACACACGCGUGCGCACGCACACACAUACAUAUAUAUACAUAUACACACGCACACACAUACAUAUAUAUACGUAUACAUACACACAUACAUGCACACACACACGCAUACAUAAUUUAUCAUCUGUCUGUAUCACGCAGUGUUUCAAACCUGUAGAAGGUUGUGCAUGUGCCAUAGAUUUCUACACAAUCAUUGAGCCCAAAUGUAGGAAUGCGAGUUUCAGAAAGAGUGGAGUCGGUCUAGGGACUGAUUUUUCUAGAGUUUGGAUCAGUGAAGUCACCCCUUGCAAAAUAACUACAGUUACUUUUCUCUUUAUUUGGAAUGAAGCUGUCUGUGUUUAGAUGCCUUUUCCUGAGUUUGGGCAGAUUAGAAGAGAGUUGGGUGUUUUGCUAUCUGUACGUAUCUGAGAUCUUGCUUUCCUUUUUAAAACCUUUUGCCGAAAGCCUUUUGGUCAUUGUUUUUGUAUGUUAAUUAUUCUUCCGUGAAGCCGUUUGCUCUGUAUAAAACACUUUGUAGCAUUUUAACUGUGCCAAGCCAAGUGAAGUCAUUUUUUAAAAGCUGAAGACAAAUUGUAAAAAAAAGAGAAUUGAUAGAAAUUGACAAUAUAUAUAAGGUUGUGAUGGGAUUGUUGCUCGGAGAAAAAAGGUUUUAAUUUAAUAACUGGAAAAAAAUGUUCUUAAUGCCCGAGUUUAGAGAGUAUCCAGUGUUUUUAUAUUUAUGUAAUGCGACCCCAAUAUUAUAAAUGACCCUUGGCAUGAGUACAUUGACAUUGUUGCUCAAUGGAUCAUUGGCAAAUGGGGGGAAAAAAACAUGCCAAGCUGUCUUUGAAAUGACGACAUUGUAUUUUAGGUCUGUAUGAUACUGCCGUCCUACUGGUGGAUGACAGGCUCGUCCUGGAAAUAUAUUUGCUGUCUUUUCGGUGGUCACAUAUUCUCCACAACAACAGAGGGUGUUCGGACAUUGUGAGGUCUCCAAAUUCUGUAAAAUAUUUUGUCUUUCCCCCCGAUAUUGUACAGCCUACAUUGAAUUAGGUUUGAAGAGAGUUUUAAAAAGUACACACACACAUAUAUAUGCAUAUAUAUUUGUGUAAAUAAUGCUUUCUUUUUGAAAGAUGGCUAUUUUAUAUGGUUUACCAGAAAGAGGAUAAGAUGUAAUAGUUUACAAUUCCCUAAGCCAAUGUAAAUACUGUUUAAACAAGUGUACAUAACUGCAUUUGGAGGACUGUGACCUUUGACCUGUUGGUUUCUCUCCCUCGUUUUGUUUCCUCUGUUUUGCAUGUGUCACUAUGUGGUAAGCUUCUGAUAAUCUCUGUUGGACGACAUGUUGUGUCUGAUGCUCGACACUGCUGCCUGUUUGCAUGCAUGCCGCAUGGGAUGUCCCUGUGUAUCGAAACUGGAUGUGGGGAAAUUUAAAAAGUCUUAAAUAUCGGUCUUUUACCACAAGAGAGCUGUCUUUACUCAAAAAAAUAAAAACUAAAAAACACGAGCAGUCAGUAAAUGAAAUCAUAGACCGAGAAGCGAAUAUUUAAACUUAAAAAGACUAAUGUGCAUUAAAUAUUUGUUUUUCUUUAGUUUCUUAUUUUUUCCACUGGCAUUAGUCCAAACCCAGUCGCAGAGUAUGUGGCACAGUGCAUAUGGGGGGGCGGGGAGGUGCGGGGGGUUUCAGAACAGUGCAUACAAGGGGGGGGGGGGGGGUUAAGCCCAGUGCAUUGCUGUGUUCCUGUCUGCUGGUUGGCUUUAAGGACAAACGUCCAAUCUUCUAUCGACGUGACGAGCUUAAAUAUAUGAUUAUGUUGUUUGUCGUCUUUUGGGUCUUUUUAUUAUACUUUUUUUUUGGUGUUUACUUGCACAGAUUUUAAAUAAAGUUCUGAAAUGCACAAUUUGAAUAAACAGAA